GUGUUUGGUCAUGGAAAGGCCAACGGGGAGCCCACAUGGGCCUUGCUGCUCACAGCCCUCAUCUGUGAGACGGGUAUCCUCAUUGCCUCCCUGGACAGCGUGGCCCCCAUCCUGUCCAUGUUCUUCCUCAUGUGCUACAUGUUCGUGAAUCUGGCCUGUGCGGUACAGACCCUGCUGCGCACACCCAACUGGCGCCCACGUUUCAAGUUCUACCACUGGACCCUCUCCUUCCUUGGGAUGAGUCUCUGCCUUGCCCUGAUGUUCAUCUGCUCCUGGUACUACGCCCUCUUCGCUAUGCUCAUCGCUGGCUGCAUCUACAAGUACAUCGAAUACCGCGGGGCUGAGAAGGAGUGGGGUGAUGGCAUCCGGGGCCUGUCACUGAAUGCUGCCCGCUAUGCCCUACUGCGUGUGGAACAUGGGCCCCCACAUACCAAGAACUGGAGGCCCCAGGUGUUGGUGAUGCUGAACCUGGAUGCUGAGCAGUGUGUGAAGCACCCCCGCCUGCUGUCCUUCACCUCGCAGCUGAAGGCCGGCAAGGGCCUGACCAUCGUGGGCUCUGUGCUGGAGGGCACCUACUUAGACAAGCAUGUGGAGGCCCAGAGGGCCGAAGAGAACAUCCGCUCUCUGAUGUGUGCAGAGAAGACCAAAGGCUUCUGCCAGCUGGUGGUGUCCUCUAACCUGCGAGAUGGUGCAUCCCACCUGAUCCAGUCAGCUGGCCUUGGUGGCAUGAAACACAACACUGUCCUUAUGGCCUGGCCAGAGUCUUGGAAGCAGGCAGAUAACCCUUUCUCCUGGAAGAACUUUGUGGACACUGUCCGUGACACUACAGCAGCACAUCAGGCAUUGUUGGUGGCCAAAAACAUCGACUUGUUCCCGCAGAACCAAGAGCGCUUUAGUGACGGGAACAUCGAUGUGUGGUGGAUUGUGCACGAUGGGGGCAUGCUCAUGCUGCUGCCCUUCCUGCUACGCCAGCACAAGGUGUGGCGAAAGUGCCGGAUGCGCAUCUUCACUGUAGCCCAGGUGGAUGACAACAGCAUCCAGAUGAAGAAGGACCUACAGAUGUUCCUGUACCACCUGAGGAUCAGCGCUGAGGUGGAGGUGGUGGAGAUGGUUGAAAAUGACAUAUCUGCAUUCACCUAUGAGAAGACGCUAAUGAUGGAGCAGAGGUCACAGAUGCUGAAACAGAUGCAGUUAUCAAAAAAUGAGCGGGAGAGAGAGGCCCAGCUGAUUCACGACAGGAACACAGCAUCCCAUACCACAGCAGCUGCUAGAACCCAAGCCCCACCAACACCUGACAAAGUGCAGAUGACGUGGACAAAAGAGAAGCUCAUUGCAGAGAAACACAGGAACAAGGACACCAGUGCUUCGGGCUUCAAAGACCUCUUCAGCCUAAAGCCGGACCAGUCCAACGUCAGGAGGAUGCACACUGCUGUGAAGCUCAAUGGUGUUGUCCUUAACAAGUCCCAGGAUGCGCAUCUGGUCCUGUUGAAUAUGCCAGGCCCUCCGAAAAACCGGCAGGGUGAUGAGAACUACAUGGAGUUUCUUGAGGUCUUGACCGAGGGAUUGAACAGGGUCCUCCUGGUCAGGGGUGGUGGACGGGAAGUCAUCACCAUCUACUCCUAACACCUGCAGCCUGGACACACCUGGACGGGGUCAGGACUGUGCUAGCAGCCUGUGGCCAGGCUCGGGCCCACCAGCAUGCCACUGACUGAUGGCCACUGCCCUGGCAUGGCCCUGCCAAGAUGCUGCAGUGAUUCUGGUCUCCUGCCACGUAUCGCUUCCCAUGGACGUAACACCCCUAGGCUUCUUCCAAGCAGAAGGUGCCUAAGGGGGGCAGUGCCUAGAGCUGUUCUGACAGGAAUGGCUCCUUGCAUCUUUGUGGGUAAUGGUAGGUAUGCCCAGGGACUCUGGGGUCAGCUCUUCCCACUAUAGGCAGGGCCUCACCUCCAGAUACUAGUGUCCCUUUUCUGUGGAUGACUGCCCAGUAUUUUGUGGCAGUUACAUUUCAUUUCUACCCUGAACAGAACACGUGAACAAGCACACCGUUCCUUGGGGCUAGAAUGUCAGUGAGCUGUUCCCCAUUGGCUUCUGCCUUCUUUGUUCCUUUGGGUAUCCUUGCUGUGCUCUCUGUAAGCAAGCUGAGGACUGUCCACUCUUACCUCCUCAUUUCCUGUCCACACUCCUCAGGGUACCACUGGAAAGUGAGAGAGUGUUUACAGGGUAGGCUUGGGUCACCAUUUGGGUGGGUGGUGGCUGCCAGCUGUGUUCCCACCUGAGUGAAUGCCCUCGGAACUCCUGCAGAGAGAACCUUUGUUCUGCCGAGCCAGGGCUAUCUGCAGCUAGUCGGCUUUCUCUUCUCAUGGGAACCCAGCCACUUUAUUUCCUAAGCACUGAGCUGGGAACCUCAAGCAGGUGACCACAGAGAGCCACAGUGUGACAAGCAAACAGCAAGAACGCUGAGAGUUGUGCACACAGUCCAUGACAGCAGGAGCCUUCCAGAGUGUGAACCGUGCUGUGGUUCAGCACACCGCUUUGCACAUAUGACAUGCCGUCCCAUCCCUCACACCCUCAGCAUCAGCAGCCAUGGCUCUGGGUCUUUUUGGCUGAGUCUCUUGUCCCCUACCAUGGAUAACCUUACUUAGCUGGGGCCACUGACACUUCUGUACUUUUUAAGAACCUGACAGAUUUGCACUUUACCCUUGUGCACUCUGCUCUGUAGGUCAUAGUCUGUUCGAAGGCUGUGGGCAACAGCAGCAAUCCGUUUCUCAUGUUCCGUAUGGCGUAUUUAUUUAUUUAAUCCUCCCUGGGGAAGCUUGAUAGAGAUAGUUUCUGUGUGGAUACCCCGUGCUGCCAGGCCCUGGGCCAUCUCUGGCUUCCUCCAAGAGAAUCAAUCUUGUCCCUAUUCAGGAAGUUCCCAUUAGGGGAGAAGCCAAGUUUGUACCUGUACGGGUUCCUCAGAUUUUGUUAGGCAGCCAGAGGUCAACUUGCCAGAGUAUCUGCUGCCCAGCAGGUGUCCCCAUCAGUAUAGCAGUUUCCACUCCUGCUCUGACUUGGGUUCAGAUUCCUGAGCCCUAAAUGCCCAGAGCAGAGCAGUUGGGACACCUCUGCCAGCAGUUAGGAAUGUCCUAGUGGCAGGCCUUUCCAGGUUCUAGGUCACUGCUCACAAGAACCCCUGUCAGAGUGUCUGGCCUCCUUUCUCUUGCAAACUCUCUGCUUCUGGUAACUGUGGCCAUUCAAAUCAGUUUCACGUUUUCCUUUUUAUAGGCUUUUGUCUUUGUAUGACUUUGUUAGUAGAAAAGUAAAGUUCUAUGAAAUGUAA